ACAAGUGAAUGCGUUAAUUACAUGUAAUCAUUACAUCAUAAUAGUAAGUCAUAAGUUUAGCUCUGCUAAUAUCCUAUGCUUCUCACCCAACAAGUGUAAUCCACGAGUAUGCUCUCUCCAACCCCUAACCUUGAUCCGCCCCCGGCGGCGCCCAACCUCCCUCCCCCACACCCACCACCGGACAUACUUGCAAUCUUCCCCGCAGAUCACCAUUCGACAUCAUCCAACCUGAUGCAUAACCACGAUGGGACAGUGCAAGGCAAGUCCCUGGGCUCCACUGAUUCAGCAAAAUCGUUUCGCGAUACCCUCUUGGAUGGCUCUGCGAUUAAAGCACAACCAAUAGUGACCUAUGAGGAACUAGUGGAAGCAAAUCCUGCAGAAGACUCCCCUAUGGCAGAGGAUGGGGCAGAUCCGACAAGGGCCAAGGUUCCAAAAGUAAAAAUCCCCAAGGCUAUUUGGCAGCGCCUAUGUGUGCCGUGGAAGAACGCAGUUAUCAUUAAGCUCCUGGGAAAAUCCAUAAACUUCCACACGCUUCAUGCUAGAUUAUUAAAGGAAUGGAAAACAGAGCACGAGUAUGAAGUUAUAGAUGUUGGAAUGGGGUACUUCAUUGUGCGUUUUGCCACUCAAGACGAUUGCUCAAAGGUUUUAACAGGAGGCCCGUAUAAAUUUUUUGAUCACUACUUAGCAGUUCAACCAUGGGAGCCAAGUUUCCAUCCAGCGAGAGCAAAAGCACCGAAGACUGCAGUCUGGAUUAAACUACAUGGAGUGCCGUCAAUGUGUUUCCAAGAAGCCAUUGUCUUGUACCUUGCUAGCAAGUUGGGCAAACCAAUCAAAGUGGAUAGCAUAACUCUUUUGGGUAUCAGAGAAAAGUUUGCACGAGUAUGUGUUGAAGUUGAUCUUAGCCAAAAGUUACCAUCGACUCUAGAUUUAGAUCUGGAGGAAUUACCCCAAACAAUGAUUUUAGUGGAGUAUGAAGGUCUGCACAAGAUAUGCUUCCACUGCGGUGAAUUCGGUCAUACUGAAGACUCUUGUCACUAUAAACACCCAGGAAGAUCUGUCUCUACAGGACAUUCCAAUGCCCAAGCCAUGAUUGAACUCACACAAACCUUAAAGCCAGAUACGGCUGAGAACAACAUGGUUUUUGGCCCGUGGAUGGUACAACAACGAAAGCCAAGGCGGCGAAAUCCGGUGAAGAAUAGCCAAGCCCCGGCCGAGCAUAGCAGCCCAGAUCACUCAACCAAAGUUUCUGCUCCUUCACAGCCUGUCUCGGGAAACCUGGCGAAAUCAGCGGUUCUAGGUAGAAGUCAAGGCGCGAAAGUCUCGCAACAAAACCGUUUUGCAGUAAUGGAGGAGUUGAUGGAUGAGGAAAUCGAAUUGAUCGGCGCAAAUAAAGAAACAACACUGGUUGAGGCAGGAAACAAAGCAAAUUCCAAUGAUGACACAGCUACGAUGGACGCCACCCCUUCUCCAAUUGUUGAAGCCCAAGCAUCGAGCCCAAAUCAACAAGAGGUAAAUACCUUGGCUGCUCUCCCUCUCAUGCCACCACCGGCCCCAGAAAUCUCUUUUGUUAAGCCCAAACCAAAGCCAUCUAAGAAGAAGGCCAAGUCACUAGGGCCGGUCUCUAAGGAGACAAAAAAUGUUGCCCAGAAACCUUAUGACCCGCCACAAAUGCUCAAGAAGAAAAUGGACUCUCAGCUGUCGAUGCCUUCUGCAGCACCACUCUUAGACACCUCCCUCAUGGUGUUGGACGAUCAAGCUACCUUACAUAUAUUGCAGCAAGUGCAACAAAUUGAUCCUGCGACACAGAUGCUGCCUUCAAUCCAAACCUCUUCAGCAUGCCUUUCUACUGUGUCUCCCAUAACAGUUAUGCCACAAACAGGUAGUCCACUACUGGUAUCAGACCACAUCGGAGGCAACUCUAAAGUCGCUGCAGAAACUAAAGCAAACACAGCUACUGCUGCACUCAAGUUUAUGAGAAGACUGGGGUUUGAUAAGGACUUCCAAGUUCCGUCACAGGGGAGGGCCGGUGGCCUCUGGUUAUUUUGGAGUUCUACGACUGUAAACUUAGAGGUCCUACACAGCUCAACUCAGUACAUUCAUUGCUCGUUAUCUCAGCAACGGGUAGAGUGUUUGGUAACUUUUGCCUAUGUGCAACCGCACGUAACUAUGAAAGAUGUAUUCUGGGAUCAACUUCAUGGUCUAGCACAACAUAUCCAAGAUAAUUGGGUGGUAAUGGGAGACUUCAACGACAUCCUUACUGUGGAAGAAGCAUCCCCGAGAGCAACGAGAGGCUUCGCGAGAGCUCAACGCUUCAGGGAUAGACUUUCAAAUUGCAAUUUACAUUCUACGGAACCGUUGGGAUGUAAAUACACUUGGCUACGCAAACAGAAUGGGAGAGUAUUGUUGAGGGAACGGCUUGAUAGGGCCUUGUUUAAUGUAAUGGCAUUGGAUGCAUUUUCAGAUGCUAAAGUGAUCAAUCUCCCUCGGCUCUGCAGUGAUCACCAUCCAGUUCUUCUUUGUUUAGAUGCUCCAGUGCAAAGAGAAAGGACACUCAAGCCUAUUCGCUUUGAGGCUGCAUGGCUAACACACGAUGCCUUCAAGCAAGUUUUUACUGAUGCUUGGUCCUUGCACAAGUCAUCCAUCACCUCUGCCAUAAACUCGGUUCAAGUUGCAUGCAUACAAUGGAAUAAAGAAGUGUUUGGUAAUUUAUUCCACAGGAAGAGACAGUUAAGAGGUAGAUUGGAGGGUAUUCAAAACUCUGCUUAUUUCCCUACAUCACAGUUUUUACAGGAGCUGGAAACGGAGUUACUGAAAGAGUAUCAUCAGGUUUUGCAUGCAGAGGAGUUAUUUUGGUGCCAAAAGUCACGUAUAGAAUGGAUUGCUUCUGGUGAUAGGAACACAGCCUUCUAUCAUGCUUCCACGGUAAUUAGACGAAGCAGGAACAGGAUUUCAGCUUUGAAGAUUGAUGAUGUAUGGGUAAGGGAGCCUUCUAUUUUGAAGCAACACAUAAAUAGCUUCUUUGUUGGGCUAUUUACUAGGAAAGAAACUCAUUCAGCUAGUAGCAACUAUACAACCUACCAACCAAGACUGACAGAAGAAGAGGGUGACUCUCUCCUGAGGCCAGUGGCGCUGGAGGAAAUCAAAAGUGCUUUAUUCUCUAUGAAAGGUUUAAAGAGCCCAGGACCGGACGGCAUUCAACCGAUUUUUUAUCAAAAGCACUGGGAAGAGGUGUCAGGUACGCUGUUGACCUUUAUUACUAAUGCUUUGCAAGAUGGUCACUUUGAUCCCUCUUUACUUAAGGCGCACAUUGCUUUAAUUCCAAAAGGGGACAAUCCAGAUGUGAUUCAAAAAUUCCGGCCCAUCUGCUUGUUAAAUGUUGCUUAUAAAGUGCUUUCUAAAGUACUGGUGAAUCGGCUAAGACCCUUUUUACAGCAACUUAUAGGGCCAUUCCAGAAUAGUUUCCUAAAGGGAAGAUGCACAACAGAUAAUAUAAUCUUAACCCAGGAAGCGGUUCAUUCAAUGCGCAAAAUGAGAGGCAAACGAGGAGCUAUGGUGUGGAAGAUUGAUCUCCAUAAAGCCUUUGAUAGUGUUGAUUGGUCUUUUCUACGACAGGUGCUGCAAGAUUUUAACAUCCCAGCUCCCCUGAUACAACUGAUCAUGUUUUCAAUAACCUCUUUACAGCUCUCAGUCCUUUGGAAUGGGGAAGAAUUACCCUCUUUUAAUCCACAAAGAGGACUAAGGCAAGGUGAUCCGCUUUCACCUUAUCUAUUUAUCAUGGCUAUGGAGAAGUUGUCUCAUCAGAUUCAAAGUAGGGUGCAAUCCAAGUUAUGGAAGCCAUUUAAGAUAUCUAGAGGGGGACUUGCUCUUUCACAUUUAUUCUUUGCAGAUGAUCUUAUGCUCUUUUGUGAAGCCUCUCAAGAACAGGUGGAGGUAGUCAUGGAUUGUUUAACAGCAUUCUCAAUGGAAUCCGGGCUCGAAAUCAACCCAACAAAGUCCAAGAUAUAUGUUUCACCAAAUAUACAGCGUCAUGUAGCUGGGGCUUUGAGUGCUGCCAGUGGCAUACCUCUCACAUCUGAUUUAGGUACCUAUUUGGGGGUGCCAAUUCUUCAUGGGCGACCUUCAAUUUCUACCUAUAAACAUAUUCUGGAAAAAAUUCAAGUUAAAUUGGCUGGAUGGAAGAGAAGUUUACUAAGCAUGGCUGGGAGAAGAACUUUGGUUCAAUCCGUAACUUCUGCGAUCCCUACAUAUACAAUGCAAUCAAUCUUGUUGCCAAAUAGCAUUUGCUCUGCUAUCGACAGCCUGAACAGACGAUUUCUUUGGGGCUCUGGUGCAACCAAUAAGCCACACUUGGUUAAUUGGGAUACUAUAUGUAUGCCACGGAAUCUCGGAGGCCUGGGUUUGAGAUCUGCUAGGGAGAACAAUCAAGCCAUGAUCACUAAGCUUGGUUGGCAAUUAAUCUCUGCUCCGAAUAAGCCUUGGUGUAAAGCACUCUUGGCAAAAUAUUUGAAAAAUGGGCCCUUAAUGCAUUGCUCCAUUACCCAAACAGCUUCAGCUACAUGGAAAAGUAUUCUGAAGUGCAGGAGUAUCUUGCAACUCGGCUUGAGAUGGAGGGUGGGUGAUGGACAACAGAUAAAAUUUUGGCAGGAUAUUUGGGUCGGCGACAAGCCUUUACAUGAAGAGGCUCUUUCACAAGAUUUAUCUGCUUCCAUGGAUAUCCUUGUUUCCCAUGCUAUUACUUCGGCUGGUGAAUGGAAUGAGGUCCUGCUCGGGCACCUUCUUCCUAGAAAUGUCGUGGAGCAGAUUUUGGCAAUCCCAAUCCCAAUGUUUGCGCAGCAACCAGAUAGAGCAUAUUGGAGUGGUUCACAAGAUGGUCUUUUUUCUGUAAAGUCUGCUUUCUCUCUACUGCAAAAACAGCAUGUAAAUCCGACUCAACAAGAAGGGCAUUGGAAGUGGAUAUGGAAGCUACAAUGCUUGGAAAAAAUCAAAUUGUUUGUUUGGCUUCUUCAAAGAAACAGAGUACUCACCAAUUCUGUGAGAUUUGAGAGACAUUUUGCGACAACCCCAGUUUGCCCAAGAUGUGAGCAAGAAGCGGAGACACCAUUGCAUCUCUUGAGAGACUGUUUCCAUUCCCGUUUGAUCUGGGAGUCUUCGACUAUCCUCCCUAAUACCUUUUUCAAUUUGAGCUUUGAAGAAUGGUUGAGAAGGAAUGCGCAGGAUACUUCAUCUAAUGGAGCCUUGCUUCACAACUGGUCUACAUUCUUUCUAUCUACCAUCUGGGUGAUUUGGAAGGGCCGGAACACAUUUAUUUUUGACAACAGGACGAUUCCCCCUCAUGUCCUCUACCAUCAAGCUUCCUCCUUAGCAGCUGAUACAAGGUUGGCUUUGUCAACAAGUGUUAUGGCACAUACCCGUUCACCUAGAUGGGUGAGAUGGUUCCCUCCGAAUUUUCCAUUUCUUAAGUUGAACACCGAUGGGGCAAUGAACCAUCCCUCUGGGAGUGCUAGUGCUGGCGGACUCAUCCGUGACCAUGGAGGCCGAUGGCGGCACGGUUUCGCCACUAACAUUGGACAACAAUCCAGCUACAUCGCAGAGCUUUGGGGCUGCCGCACUGGUCUUCAGUUGGCUUCUGAGUUGGGAAUUACCCACUUGAUUCUUGAAAUGGACUCUCUUUUAGCGGUACAGAUGAUUCAAGCGAGGAAAGCUGGGGAAGGUCCGCCUUCUGUAUUGUUACUGGAUAUUUUCCAUUUGAUAGACUCCUUCACAGUUUGCACAAUCCAGCACACUUUGCGCGAAGGGAACUCAGCAGCUGAUUUUAUGGCCUCACUUGGCCAUAAACUUACUCAAGGCACUACAUUCUUCCCGAAUCCACCUGAUAGCAUUGGGAGCAUUCUUCAUAGAGACAACAUGGGAACUUUGUUCCUUAGGACUUAGCUUUGUUUAGCUUCUUAUGUACCAAAAAAAAAAAU